GGGCGGGCGUUGCGUUUGAAUUCCAGGCGGCCCGGGAGCGGUUGGCGCUGAGGCGAUGGCGGCCAUGACGGCUGUGCCGGGCCCCGCCGCCAUGACGGGCCCCGAGCAGCUCCCCGCGGCCUGUGGCCGGCUGCUGGCAGGCUUCCUGCGGCAGGUGGACGACACCGAGCUGCUGUGGCUGCGGGAGAUCCGCGACGAGGCGGCGCGUAUGUUCGGCAGCCACUACAGCGACGAGCCGGAGCUGCUACCCAAGACGCCGUCGCAGAAGAGCCGGCAGAGGAAGAAGAGGGGUUCAGCACUGCAGGGGGAUGGCGGCAGGAGGAGAUUAUCUAGAAGGAGGACUAGCAGUCUCAAACUGGUACCCUCCAAGCGAUCUUCCCAGCGACUCCAAAAUAAAGAAAAUGUGGAACCGAUCAGCACUGAGGUCAAAGAAACCUCAAGCGUCUCUUCAGCUCAAACGGUCUCCCAGCAGCUGACAAGUUCCAAGGCUGCAGCACCCAAGUACUCAGAGUUACUUCUUGGCCAUCAAGGCGAAGGGAUGAUUCCCUUAGUAGAAAUUGGCCUCAGCGAUCGUAACAGCGCUGAGCUACACAUCCAGAGGAGUGUCUCUAAACCAGCAAAGAAGCCCUCUGCAAGCAUCCUGCUGAGCUCCGAUGCUGAUCAUCCAGAGGAGAGCAGUGUUCCCCAACCACAGCCUAUGCCAGCAGCACCUGAGCUGCUGGUCCCUUCCACCCCCGAGGCAAAAGAUGCAGGAAAAAGUGAGACUGUGUCUAAGGGGGAGACAGCAAGAGCAGCUGAUACUACAGUAAUUUUAAGUGAAGAGCCCAGUGAAGAGCCUGGGCUGGAGGAGAUGGAUGUCUCUGCUCACGUGCAGGAGCAUAACAAAGGGGCUGACAAAAAACCUUCCCAGCGCGUGGGGGACAGCCCAGGGACUCCUACAGGCUGUCGGCAAAGCCGGCGCUCUGUGCGCAGAAGCCUGCUGGGUAAAACUUCCAUGACUUCCAGAACCUCGCUGGCAGAGAAAUACUCACGAGCCCGGAAGAGGGAAAGUCUGAUCCGGAAAUCCAUUGCCAGGACAGUGGUCAAGAGCAGGGCAACUCAGAAGGUGUCUGUGUCUUCCAGUGGCAUGAACAGCUCCAGCUCUGAAGAGGUACCAGAGGAUGAAGAAACAAUUGUCAAAACUGGACCUCCUCCUGGACCUUGUACCCCCACAAAGUUGGAUUUCGAAGGUCCGCGAAUGUCACUUCGCUCUCGGACUGUCAACAGAAAUGAACAGCCGCAGGAGAUGAACAACAACGAAAGCAACGUAAAUCAGAAUGGGGAGACCCAGGAACCACCCCAAAGUGCCAGGAGAAAACCGAGUUACAAAAGAGCUGUGGAUCAACGCUAUGACAAUCAGCAAGCAGAAGAUGGAGGGCUUUCUCCUCCCAGAAGAAAGACCCCAUCCCCUACCUGUCCAGCCAGCAAAGUUGUACGUCCUUUCAAAACAUUUUUGCACACUGUGCAGAAGAAUCAGCUCCUAAUGACCCCAAGUUCUGUGGGGAGAAAUGGAGUAAUAAAGUCUUUCAUCAGGUACAACGCUCCUCUCCAAACUGAUCCCAAGGAAAAGGAGAGACAGAAGCUAGAGACUCUGAGGAAAAAGCAAGAGGCUGAACAGCUGAGAAAACAAAAAGUGGAGGAAGAAAGGAAAAAGAGACUAGAAGAGGCAAAGCUGAAGCGUGAAGAGCGCCUCCGUAAAGUGUUGCAAGCUCGGGAACGGGCAGAGCAAAUGGAGGAAGAGAGGAAAAGGCGCAUUGAGCAGAAGCUAGCUCUACUUGAUGAGAAGACUGAGAAGGUGCGGGAAGAAAGGCUGGCAGAAGAGAAGAUCAAAAAGAAAGCAGCUGCCAAGAAAAUGGAAGAAGCAGAGGCCCGGCGCAGGCAGGAUGAAGAGGCCAGAAAACAAAAAGCACUGCUGCAGGAGGAGGAGGAACGUCGGCACAAAGAGCUAAUGCAGAAGAAGAAGGAAGAGGAGCAGGAACGUGCCAGGAAGAUUGCUGAGCAGAGGCAGGCAGAACAGGAGAGAGAGAAACAGCUGGCUGCAGAGAGAGAGCUGGAGAAGAGGAAGGAACAGGAGAGGAUCCAAGCAGAGAAGCAACGUGAACAGCAAGAGAAGGCAGCUCGCCUCCAGAAGGAAGUACUGGCUGCUAAAGAACAGCUCCAGAAGGAGAUGGAGAAGAAAAAAGAGGAGCGGUUGCUAGCAGAGAUGAAGAGGCAGGAGCAAGAACAGAAGAAACUACCAGAGGAACAAAAGGCUAAAGAUGUAGCCCAAACGCAGCACACAGAAAAAAAAGAGAAUUCACCUGUCUGCAAUUCAUACCAGAUGACUCCACAGUUCCAGAAAGAUCCAAAGCCCCCCAAGAUAAAUCCCAAUAAUUAUGGAAUGGAUCUGAACAGCGAUGACUCUACUGAUGAUGAAAGCCAGCCUCGCAAGCCCAUCCCUGCCUGGGCCAGUGGGAAUCAGCUUAGCCAAGCAGUAAUCCGGCAGUACUACAACCCUCCCAACGUCGAUGCGCUCUUCGGGAGAAUCGUAAGCCCCAAGUUGGAGGACAUCUUUUAUAAAAGCAAACCACGCUACUUCAAACGCACGAGCUCGGCUGUGUGGAAUUCCCCGCCAUUUACAGGUCCCAAAUCGGUUCUUGGUCUGCCAUAUAGCCUGAAAAAGUACUGAGGUGAGCAGUGGCUGUCUCCUGUGGAGCAAUGGGCAUACGUUUCUGUCUCUCUAGGUGAGAGGUAAUGUUCAGUAUCCCAAAAUCUUUAGGUAUUAGCAUUUGAAUAAAUGUCAGCUCUUCCUUGGUCUCUUGCAUUUUCCAUUUUUGGGGCUUAUUUUCUCACUGUUGAGCAAAGUUGCAGGCUUUUGGGAGAUCUCGCUUCUGAAAGAUGCGUUUCUUUUUUUCUUUAGCUUUAAGCUGGCAAAGAUUUAGACCUAUAGGUCAUGAGAAUGCAUCAUGUAAAGCAACGUGAGCCUCCCCUUUUCCGGCGAGCAGGCCAGACAGCUGCUGUGCGUAGUGAACAAAGGCUGUAUGUCAGGAUGACCUCUGCACACAUCUUGAGAAAAGUCCAAAUACGCACUAUUGAUGUUCUCAAGAAUAAAGAUACUAGCAGAUGUGGUCUUCGUUGCCUGCAAAUUGCAAAAUAACUUGGGUAUUUUGAUUUUUCAGUAGCAUGCUUUAUGCCAACACGAAGUGCACUUAUGUGCAUAAGCGAUAUUGAUGGUGAUGUUAGCACAGCUGGGAUGGAAACAUCCUGAGGACUUUAUUGACCUUUUUUCAGUUGUUGGACAUAAAUGUGACCCUAGUAUUAAUCACAUCGCUAGGAAUACCCAGAGUAGCAUAUGCAGGCUUUAUAGUUCCAGGCUUCCUUCAGGUAAAUUAUACAAAGGUUCUGAUAUGAUUUUGUUUGUCUAAUUUAAUUGCCAUGUUUGUGGCAGAGACUGGAUUGAAAGGAUGACUUUUUGCUUUAAUCCUUGUCUUGCUCCUUUCUCCCUUUGGUUAUUUCAUUUACUCAGCAUUAAAGCUGGUUUUAUUUUUAGGCUACUGUUUUACACUUCAUGUUCAGUAACAGGGUCAACAGGACUUAUUAAAACAAUUUUCUCCCAGCAACAAAAUAUCAGUUCAGAACUUCAGCGCCAAGAUCACUUCCUGGUUUAGGCUUUCUACACCUAAUUCACAAAUGGCACAGGCAAUAGUGUUUUCUCUUUAACAAGCUCCCUUACAGGGAGAAUAGAGGUCUUAGAGCAGCACUUGUUGAAAAAACUUCAAGGCAACAGUUACAUUAGUUUCUGCAGGUUGUUGUGAAAGUCUGUCUUCUGUAAAGAAGGUGACCUAUAUGCUUCUUACCUCCAGAAUCAUCUUUUUCUUGGAGCUUGAUUUGUUUUAAACAUAGGUGAGUGUUCAUGGCUGCGGUUUCACUCAGCAGACUGAGGAACACAGUGUACGUACUUCUUGGCAGUUUAAAAAAACUGUAUGGCGACUACAGCAUCUAAGGAGAAUUGCACCUUUCCUUGUGCAUGUACUUACCUUUUUUCAAGCAAAUGUCUUUUGAAAUGAUGUGGGUUUUUAUACUGAAACACAUCAAUUGCAGAUGUUAUGCUAUUGAUCGGUGUGUUAUGUCUGUGAUGAUUGAACUUGGUAGAUGCUCUGUAGUUUUGUACUAUUAUCUUAGAUGAGAACGCUAGCUGAAAUGGCAGAAACACUGAUGUUGAAUGCUAUCUGAAUGCUUGACAGUUUGAUAAAAGUGAGUUAAAUCAUCUCUGGAUUUUCCUCUGGAAUCAUCGUAGCUUUUUAUUAAAUAAAGAAGUACAGUACUUUGGAACCUGCCCUCACGGGUCACAUUUUACACCAUUUCCUUAAGACAGAAGUGUUUUGUCUACGAAGAAAUUCCUCAUGU